GAGAAGUCAUAGCCAUACACGCACAAACGCACACUCCAGCAAUACAACUUGAAGUUUUCCUCUUAAACUUUACACACUUUGAUCUGCGCUCAGAGCAAUAACAUGGCUCAGACCAAGUGGUGGAUUUUCUGCGCGUUAUCCCUCGCCAGUCUCGCUCAUUUGGGGUCUUCCAGAAAACACAGAGCACACGGACAACAACCCAUCAUAUUCAAUGAACUGUGCGCCAUGAAGGCGGAUCCGGGACCCUGCAGAGCCAUCAAAGACAGAUAUUUCUUCAACGUUAGCACAGCUCGCUGUGAGGAGUUUGAAUAUGGAGGCUGCAGUGGCAACUCCAACAACUUUGUGACGCUGCAGGAGUGUGAGGAAACCUGCGUUGUCUCUGAUGAGAAGAACCCGUGCCAUUUAGAAGAGGCUCCCGGUCCCUGUCGAGGGCUACUGUCACGCUACUUCUUUGACAGCAAGACUCGCCAGUGUAGGCGCUUCUUUUAUGGUGGCUGCUUUGGCAAUGCCAACAAUUUCUGGAGCAUGGCCGAGUGCCAAGCCAAAUGUCAGAACCCAGGGCCCACAGAUGUGGGAGAGGUCGUGGAGCCAACAAACCUACAUAUGAGACAGGAGGGAAAAAAAGAAACUUCUUCAGCAGCACCGCAGGUCAGCACACUCGCUCCCAGAAGAUUCAGUUUCGUGCAGCCAGUUGUUGCCUCUGAGAACCUGGCUGCUGCUAAUGAACCUCUGAUGCAGAUAAACAACUCUCUUGGAGAUGUGAACAGCCUCACUCCUGCAGACAUCUGCCUGAGUCCCGUGGAUCCAGGAGAUUGCGACGGUCAGGAGAGACGGUAUUUUUACCACCCAAAAGCCAAAAGAUGCUAUUCCUUUUGGUACACGGGCUGCGGGGGGAACAAGAACAACUUCCGUAUCCGUAAACACUGCGUUCACAAGUGCGUCUUGCCCAGAAGAGGUUUCAAUAUUAGCAAGACGAUGAUCCGAAUAAGGAAGAAGAACGUCGACAGCAUUGUGAACCUCGAUGCUUGAACCCCCAUUUCCUGCACUGGUGUUUCUUUUUGGCCUCAUAUCUAUUGUUUUACAAUGCUUUGUAAAAAGUAGACAUUUUACUCUGUUUUUGCUUCUUACCUGUUUACCAAUAUAUACUCUCAUGCACUCCAACCCAUCUCUGUCCACCUCCCAGCUCUAAAUCUGCACUCCUGAGCUUGUGGAUGGCUAUUGUUCUCUGUGGAAGCUGAAAACAGCCUACCCUGCUCUUUUUUGUUCCCCGUUUUAAUUAUAAAAGCCCACGUCCCAAGUGACACACAGUCAUUCCAUUCUGCACCUCUCAUGCAUCAUUCUGUGGCUGUGUCGACGGCCUGAUCCCUUCAUCUGAUCACUGAUGCAGUGGACAACAACCACAGGAUCACUGAACUGCAGCUGCCUGCACAGCUGUAGCUGCACCAACCUCCUCCGCAAGUGACAAUGACUGAUUUGAAGGUUGUUUAUAUGACCAACAACAUCAGCACAAUCUCUGCCUGAGUUCAACCAUGAUUAAAUUGAUCAAUUAGAAAUCGAUCUGUUUUUCUGGAGUUCAACAUUUUCUUUUGUUUUGCAGCGGAUUGUAGAAAAAUGAAAAAAGGAUUGUAUUUGACUGAGUGGCUGUUUGGGUGCCACUAAUGUCCGGAACUCAGUGAAUGCACCACGCAGAGACGUUUGUUGGCCCUGGGUUCUGUCAUUCAACCUGUUGUUGGCGGCUUUAGGGGAAUAAAGGGAGGGGGGGCUGGUGCGCAAGACGGCAUGAGGUCGUCUGAGGAGCGUAGCUCAAAUUUUAAAUAAAAGAAUAACUUAAAAUUUAAAAAAACUUGUUGGUGAAAGCUGUACAGCUGUACAAAUAAAGGGACAGAUAAACAACUCUGCGUCUCAGUCAGGAAAGAGAGAGGAACGCUACAGUAAAUAAAUUAGUUUUCUCGAGAUAACGAGACAGUAAAUGUCGUUAUCACGGAAAAAAACGAUCAAAACAGAAGUGGGUUAGGCCGUUUUCGGCUUCGGUAGCUCUCCAAUCUUUAAAGAUUAAAGUUAUUUUUUUCUCUCCAUAAAAGUUUUUCUUUUUAAAGAUAAUUGUCUUUAAAAUUAUUCAAUAUUAUACUAAGUGAACUGAUUUUUUACGUGUACAGAAAUUAGCUUAAAAUCAAGACCUGGAUGUGUGACCUAAAGCACACAUUCUCCAUUCUGAGACAUGGCGUUUUAAUGCCUGAUUUUUGCAUUAUAUUGACUGAAAUGCUCUUAAUUUCAAAAACUGUGUUCAUAUUUGCAUCCAAAUUUUAUUAUUACUGGGCUAUUGUUGAUGGUUUUUUUAUAUUUUUGUAGCUGUUUGCAGUCUGUAAAAGAAACUUCUAUGACGUAGCUGUUUUGUUCAAACAGCAACAGCAGUUUCACAUCUGUAUUUGUCCACAGAGUGAUGUUACUUUCUGAAUGCUUUUUUGUUCAAAAUGAAUGUAAACAACAGUAGUAACAUUAACUGGUGUCAAAUUAUUGUUGUAAUGAAUGUUAUCUUGUAAAUUCUUUGUUUUUACAGUUUUUUUUCAAUCUUUAGCAAAAAAGCAUAAUCAGUAACCACUUUUUGCUUAAAAGAGAACACAAGGAGGCAGUGUUGCAUAACGAUGGAGGUUUUGCUGUGUCUGAACCCCCGACCAGCACAUUUGUCCCACUUACGAAUCAGCAUUGCACAAUAAAAACAUAAUAAACUUCUCCAACUAACUAUAUUAUUACUAUGUACCUCUUGUUUUAACAUGACUGGAAUAAUUCAAACAUCUCUGUGCCGAAAAGGAUGCUUGUAGUUUCAAACGUGCAAUCUAGAUUUCUUUCCUUGUCACAGAAAAGCUUAAUGACAAUAAACCACUGGGAGGUAUAAAAACAGACAAAAACAUAUUCUUUCCAAGCUUUUAUCAGUGACAAUUAUAAUAGGAAAUACAAAUACCCUCCUGAUUAUAACAUUGACCGGAAUGUUUUGCUCUGAUGAAAAUGGUGUUUUUAACAUGUUCUGGAGGACAUAUAUAAAGAAAAUUCAGCUUAAAAUUGCAUUAAUGACUAUUUUUAAAUUGUUGUGAAGCAGCAUACAAUAAAAGACUAU